AUGACGGAUUCCCCGUCGCCAAUCGAUUCGUCGUUCGACGCCUCCGAUGUGGCCACUCCGUGCACGGUAAUCGCCGCAAAACAGGGAUUGAGGCAUCAGAGAGAGGAAGAGGAAGACAGUCACGGAGAGGAUGACGGUACAUUUCAGCGGAAAUCGGAGAAUAACAAGGAAAACAGUUCAGUUUCCGCAAUUUAUGUGGAUGACUUCUCGAAAGAGUUCAACGAAGGCGCCUCGUCGGUGAUGGAGCCGCUUCCGAGGCCCGCCACGUUUGCGAGAACGAUCACGAAAGUGUACUGUCACAUGGACGAUCAGGAGCUGCCGUACUUGGUGGAGGUGCACGUGCCGCCCGAUUGCAUUACGCUCCGAGAUGUGAUUCGCAAAUUGCCGAGGACCAAUUUCAAGUACUAUUGCAUUGCAUUGGAUCCCGAUACUGGAUUGUAAGUGUUCAAAUCAAACGAAAAAUUAAAGAGUUUAAAUUUUUUUCAGAGAAGUAAAAGCAGAAAUAAGAGACGACACACGGCGACUGCAUCCGCUACGGAAUGAUCGAUUCGAAUUGUAUCUUCUGACGGUCGAAGGGUCGGUUCAUUCGGAUACGAGCUCCGGAAGACAUGGGCGGAAGAAGCACGGAAGCCAGGGAUCCAGAGAAUCACAAAGGGGAGGAUAUUACGAGCACGCCAGUGCUGUUUCCGAUUCCGAAGCGUCAUCGCUUCCGACGUACGUCAAAAAGGCUCACGCAUUCAAUCGACGACAGGCCCACGAUCGCUAUCCGAAUUAUCAUCAGAAACCGUCGUCGCAUCGUCCUCAAAAUCACUACGAAGAGUCGACGUUCGACGUGACCGAUUCGGAUAUCUACGGCGGCGGCGAGACGUAUUACGACGAAGAUGAGGACGACGGCCGGUCGAUCAACACGGACCUGACGUCGGUUUCGCAGCAACAUUUGCGCAAAAAGUACCGACAGCAGCAGAAGGAAAUGAGGAGAAAGUUCCGGAACAUGUCCACCACAUCUUCCUCGUUAUCGAGUAUUACCGGUGAGUAACGAACCCGCAAAUUUGGCCAAUAAUUCACUUGAGAUUCGAUUUUAGACUCGUCGAUGGGUCUCGAAGUGAUCACGGUUCGAUUGAAUCUGGAGUCGAUGCCACUCGGAAUGAUCCCAUCCGGGCAUACGAACGCGCGCGGCGACGCCGGACUCUACGUCGGAGACAUUCAAGAUCGUGGGGCUGUCGCGUUGGACGGAAGGAUUGAUGUGGGAGAUAUGAUCGUCGCGAUCAACAACAUCAGUCUAUCAAACUACUCGAAUAAGCGGGCAGUGCAGUUGCUGAGAGACGCGGUGCUCGCGAGAAGACACCUCACUUUGACUGUGGCCAAGACAGGCGAGAAACGGGCGUUCCCGAGGAAUCCGCGGCAGGAGCCGGUGCGACCGAUCGACACGAACGAAUGGCUGAAACAUGUGACGCCCGGAAUGAAGGGCAUGCUCUCGAUUCCGGAAGGUUUGUUAGACCUUCCUUCCCCUGAAUAUUUUUUCUGGUUCCAGAAAGCUCUGCAACUCCAAUCCCCGAUGAAUGGCCGUCUAUGAGCUCAGCGGCCUCAGGAACCCCGUUCGGAGGCGGUCCCCCUUCGGUUCAUCAACUGAACGUGCUCACCGACAAAAAGUACGUUGUGGAAGUGAUGGCGGCGCCCGGAUCCGGCCUAGAGAUCAAAGAUCGCGAAUGGCUCAAGAUCCCGAUUCCGAUGUCGUUUCUUGGCAGAGAUUUGGUCGAUUGGCUCCUGGACCACGUGCGCGGGCUCGCGAAACGAGAAGAGUCGUGCGCGUUCGCCGGAGAAAUGCUCAAAUUGGGCUACAUUCAGCAUGUGGUCGAAAAAAAGCACUUCUCGGAGAAGUGCUACUACGUGAUGGGUGAGGAGUGCGCCGAUUACACGCAGCUCCGCGCGCCAGACGGCGGAUUCCGGUACCCGCCGAGCCAGGCGUCGUCAGCAUCGGCGUCAACGCAGAGCCAGGCGAACGCGACGAACUCAACGCACAACGUCACCGACAAAAUAUUCCCGCCGCACAUGUACACGACGAAUCCUUCGAAUCGGCACUCGGCCAUCCUAACCGGCGCCGCAUUUCCGCAGCCGUCGAUGGUCAGCGGGUACGCGUCGAUGCCGACGUCGCCGUUUCCGACGAAGAAUCGGACGAAUGGGAGUGUGAAGACGGCGGAGGGGGAUUGCGGAAGGACACGCGAUGAUCAGAGAAGCCAGACGAGUGGGAGCAGUCGCGGUUCCAGAAGGUUUACCCGAAUAAUCAAGCUCCUUUUCUAAUAAUUUUCUGUUUUCAGAUACGUGGAAUUGCCACGCAAACCGUCGUCGCUGGGCAACGGUUCCAACAACGAAUCGAUUCCGAUCGACCGCGUGGCGUCGCGCAGCUCGUUCCGCGCGGCAAUGAGCGGAAGCCUGCGCCAGUUCAACAUUGACUCCUAG